AUGGUCUUGACACUGGUGGGACUCGGCUUAAAUGAUGAGCGCGACGUCACCAUCCGCGGCCUUGAGGAGAUUCGCGCGGCGGACAUCGUCUAUCUCGAGAACUACACAGCUACCCUCAAUGUAGACGCCAGCCGACUUGAACGUUUCUUUGAGAAACCGAUCGUAUUAGCAGACAGAGACUUCGUUGAGGGAAAGGCAGAGGCCAUGUUGGAAGCUGCAACCAGUAAACGAGUCGUCUGCCUUGUAGUCGUUGGAUAUGCGUGCAGACGAGCUAUUGUUUGCUGCUUUGAACGCGUUGUGCAUUUUUGCUUGAAGUUGUAUCGCUUCGGCGAAACGGUCUCGAUUCCAUUCUUUGAUGGCGGUUGGAAACCCGUGAGUUUCUACGAGAAGAUAAAGAAGAACAGGGCGAACAACAUGCACACGUUGUGCCUCUUGGAUAUUAAAGUUAAAGAGCAGACAGUCGAGAAUAUGAUGAAGGGAAACGACAUCUUCGAGCCCCCGAGAUUUAUGACCGUCAACGUCGCCAUCGAGCAGCUCCUCGAGGCAGCAGAGAUGGAAAAUGACGAGGGCGCACUGAAUAUUUUGGCGUUCGGCUUGGCGCGAGUAGGGGCAGACGACCAGGCGAUUGUUUCUGGAACUCUUGAGGAGCUACGAAAUGCCGACCUAGGGGGGCCCUUGCACAGCCUGGUCCUGUGCGCCCCUGAGCUCCACGAAAUAGAACAAAAUUUUGUCGCUUUGCACCGGCUGACGCAGUAG